AUGGUCAAAAUAGAAAAUGAAGAUGCUCGAUACACAACAUUUUCAAAGCGUCGAUCAACAUUAUAUAAAAAAGCUAGUGAAUUGGUUGGAAAAUACGAUGUUGAUGUGGGGAUAACAUUAUUUUCUCCGACUGAUAAACCCUACUCUUUUUUUCACCCUACAGUUGAUGUUGUUGUUGAUCGUAUUCUCAAUCCAAAUACACAGCCAAGUGAAGAUAACAGCAUCGCGAUUGCAAGUUAUCGAAACAAAGUGAAGGAUCAAAAAGUUGAGCUUGACGAGCUUGAUAUCAUAGAAAGAGGUAUAUCUAAUUCGACAUUUGGCACUAAGGAAACUAACAUGAAAAAUAUAUGGGAAUCCUUUAUGAAAUUUAAUGAAGAUGAGGUGAAUGAACUCGAGCUUUGGCUGAACUCUAUUGAUUUUGAUUUGAAAAAUUAUUUAUCGCAGCUGGAAAAUAAUGUUUCUUCCUCUACACAAGCACCUCCAAAAAAUGUUGGUUAG